CCCCGCCGCUCGUCUCCGGGCUGAAGUGCUGAACUGCCCCUCUGCGGAAACCCCGCAGCAGCCAGCAGCCUGAGACAAGAUGGCAGGAGCCGAUGGUGAUGAUUCUCUCUACCCUAUUGCGGUGCUUAUCGACGAAUUGAGGAAUGAAGACGUUCAGUUGCGACUGAACAGCAUCAAGAAGCUUUCCACUAUAGCCCUGGCGUUGGGAGUGGAGAGGACACGCACAGAGCUUCUCCCUUUCCUAACAGAUACCAUCUAUGAUGAGGAUGAAGUGCUUCUCGCCCUUGCUGAACAGCUGGGUAACUUUACGAUGCUGGUUGGAGGACCAGAAUAUGUGCACUGUCUCCUUCCACCCUUGGAGAGCUUGGCUACAGUGGAGGAGACAGUUGUGCGGGACAAGGCAGUGGAGUCUUUGCGCAAGAUCUCCCAUGAGCACUCGCCUGUGGACCUAGAAGUGCACUUUGAGCCGCUGGUGAAGCGUCUGGCCAGUGGCGACUGGUUCACCUCCCGUACCUCAGCUUGUGGCCUCUUCAGUGUCUGCUAUCCACGUGUCUCCAGCACUGUCAAAGCUGAGAUUCGCCAGCAUUUCCGUAACCUGUGCUCUGAUGACACGCCAAUGGUGCGCCGUGCUGCUGCUUCCAAGCUGGGCGAGUUUGCCAAAGUCUUGGAGUUGGAAUACGUCAAAAGUGACAUUAUCUCUCUCUUUACUGCACUGGCCUCUGACGAACAGGACUCUGUGCGUCUCUUGGCCGUGGAGGCGUGUGUGAGCAUCGCCACAUUGCUGCCUCAGGAGGACCUGGAGACUCUGGUCAUGCCAACCCUGCGCCAGGCAGCUGAAGACAAGUCCUGGAGGGUGCGGUACAUGGUGGCAGACAAGUUUUCUGAGUUACAAAAGGCAGUUGGCCCAGAAAUUACUAAGAAUGACCUUGUGCCAGCCUUCCAGAACCUGCUCAAAGACUGUGAGGCUGAGGUGCGGGCUGCAGCUGCUAAUAAAGUCAAAGAAUUCUGCGAGAAUUUACCGGAAGACAGCCGAGAGACAAUCAUCAUGACUCACAUUCUGCCCUGCGUCAAGGAACUGGUUUCAGACACCAAUCAGCAUGUCAAAUCGGCGCUAGCCUCAGUGAUUAUGGGUUUGUCGACCAUCCUGGGCAAAGACAACACCAUCGAGCACUUGCUGCCUCUCUUCCUGGCCCAGCUCAAGGAUGAGUGUCCAGAGGUGCGUCUGAACAUAAUCUCUAAUCUAGACUGUGUGAACGAAGUAAUCGGCAUCCGGCAGCUCUCCCAGUCCCUUCUCCCUGCUAUUGUGGAGCUGGCAGAAGAUGCCAAGUGGAGGGUGCGGCUAGCUAUCAUAGAGUACAUGCCGCUUCUUGCUGGCCAACUGGGAGUGGAGUUCUUUGAUGAGAAACUGAAUUCCCUGUGCAUGGCAUGGCUCGUCGACCAUGUAUAUGCCAUAAGAGAGGCAGCCACGUGUAAUCUGACAAAGCUGGUGGAGAAGUUUGGAGCUGAAUGGGCUCAGAACACCAUUGUGCCCAAAGUGCUGGGCAUGGCCAACGACCCGAACUACCUGCACCGGAUGACCACUCUCUUCUGCAUCAAUGCCUUGUCAGAAGCGUGUGGCCAGGAGAUCACCACCAAACACAUGCUCCCCGUUGUCCUGAAGAUGUCCAAUGACCAGGUGGCCAACGUGCGCUUCAAUGUAGCCAAGUCUCUUCAGAAGAUCGGUCCCGUUCUGGACAGCAACUGUCUCCAGACUGAGGUGAAACCAGUGCUGGAGAAGCUAGCUGCAGACCAAGACAUAGACGUCAAAUACUUUGCGCAGGAGGCCAUAAGUGUUCUUGCCCUGGCCUAAUGGAGCCACUGCUGAAUCCUUUUCCAUGUCAAGCUGACCUGCAUCAUACUGAUUGUCCUCCAGGAUCAUUCAUUAGACUGUUAUUGGAGAGGAAACUUCUUAAGUUUGUGUCUCUUGUAUAUACAAGCCUUGGAGAACAUCUCAGCUGUCCUCAGUAUUUGGUUUGAGUUUUCUCUCUCUCUCUGUCUCUCUCUGUCUCUCUCUGUCUCUCUCUCUCUCUCUCUCUCUCUCUCUCUCUCUCUCUCUCUCUCUCUCUCUCUCUCUCUCUCUCUCUCUCUCUCUCUCUCUCUCUCUCUCUCUCUCUCUCUCUCUCUCUCUCUCUCUCUCUCUCUCUCUCUCUCUCUUUCUUUCUCAGCCUUGAAUGAUCCUGAAUGUCUCACCCUUUAUUCUAAGAAGAGUUAUGGGAGCUAACAUCAGCUUGGCCCACACAUACAACUUUCCUCCCAUCCUACACUAUCUUUACAUUGUAGUAGCUCACAUCUCUUCACUUGCUAACCCCCUCAUGGGCAGCACUUUUAGAUGUAGACAUACUAUUUAAUAAACUGUUGUGAAGAUUAAGUUUUCAGACUAUGAACGUUUUAGGGGGGCGUGAUUAUGAUGAUGAUGAUCUAGAGGCCCCAGAUAUAACUCUAUAUUCUUUGUAAUUUCUGCGUGCUAUGAACAGAAGCUUAUGGGCUAUUGAUACUGAUUCAGAGCUUGCAUGGCUUGUUUUGAGUCUUGCACCUGCACCAUGCAUGUGGAUGUCCAGACUGAUAGAACUGCUGUUAGUUCAUAGCGUUUAGCCUGUGCAUUCCAUCUGUCUUAAAUGGCUGUGAAUACAUUCAAGAACAGGUUCUUCAAAACAUUGGCUGCAGUAUUUCCACACCAUGCUGUUUUGCUGUCCUAGUGUAGCUCUCCAUUAGGACUCGAAAUCGAAUGGUUAUGUACUAAAAGGGACCACCGCGAAUCAGAUCUUCCUCUAGUAACAGUGAUAACCCGGGGGAAGCGUCUGCGGCUCCUUUCUUUCUGGACAUUCUCCGCCAUCUGCCGUUCUGCCAUUAACCAACAUAGAACCCUCCUCUCUCCUGCCUCUUUGUGUUUAUAUUUUUGUUUAUACUGAACAGAUCUGUGUAAUGCUUUUACUCUUAGGCUUCUGCAUGAACUCCACAGCUGUAGGUAGAGCCUGGGAAAGUUAGGAAUCAGUCCAAUCCCAGGCAACAUGUUUCCCUUAUUAAUGCAUUUGCUUUGCCAGUGAUGCCUACUUGUCCUCCGCUUCAGCAGCGCCAACCCCCCCCCCCCGUUUUUUUUUUUUUGUUGUUGUGGUUGUUGUCAAUGUGCUUUCUUUGGUUUUAUAUGAACGUGAACCCACACUACCCUCAGAUGGAGGGGAGAAUCAAUAAAGAACCUGACAAAACA